AUGUCUUAUCGUGAAAUGCGUACAUUUACAGAAAUGAUGCGAUCACUCGGCUAUAACCGUAUCAUAUCGAUGGAGAAUUUUCGGACACCGAAUUUUCCUCUAGUUGCGGAGAUUCUCGCUUGGCUUGUGCUCCGGUACGAUGCGCUCGCUGAUUUACCAGCACAGUGUUUGGAUACUGAACAAGAUCGAGUGAUAUUCAUCAAAAGUGUUGCGCACUUCAUGGCCACGCGGGCUAACAUAAGGCUAAAUACGAAAAAGCUGUACCAAGCCAAUGGGUAUGCAGUGAAGGAGAUGAUGAAAAUCGCAACAAUACUGUAUACAGCCACAUAUACACAAAGAAGACAGGAUGCUGGAGAUACAACCGAGCUAUGUGUGACUGAACUGUUUGAUGUGGCCAGGAGGAAGCAGUUACAGGAAGGUCGCAGUCUCGCUAGCCAACUCGCUUCUUCCGGGGCUUCAUUACACGCGCUGCUGGGAAAAGAAGUUGACUUGCGAGAGUCGCGUGACUCAUCUAUCCGUCGUCAAUUGGACAGUUCGUGGGUUGAAGAGCGUGUUGCUGCUGCGUGUGAUACGCUACGCUCUCAGGUUCAAAAGACCGAGUCCUCACUCAUUAAUAUAGCGGCAGACGAGGCCGCACUCGAUGAUAAAAUAGAGAAAAAACGUAAUGAGCUGGAACGUAAUAAAAAACGUCUUUCCACUCUCCAGUCAGUUCGACCGGCCUACAUGGAAGAGUACGAACAGCUGGAAGAAGAGCUAUCUGCCCUCUACUCUUUUUAUCUCACACGUUUUCGCAACUUGGCAUUCCUAGAAAAUCAGUGUGAGGAGCUGGUCAAAGCUGGAGCCACCCAGACUGACGAUGCUGAGACUACGCUGCGGACUAUUGCUGAACAUUUGAAGCAAAAUGUGAAAAAUGUCAAUGAGAAUACCGAUGGUAAAGGAUCCGCUGCCAUGAAGAGUGUUGGAAUCCGAGGACAUCAGUCCGCACAGUCAAUGAAAAACGGGAAAUUCGAUGACGCUCAAGAAGAAGAUACGGAAGAGGAGGAGGAAGACGAAGAAGAUUUAAUAGAUGGCCAAGAUGAUGAUGAUGACGAUGAUGAUGAGAUGACGAUGACGAUGACGAUGAUGAAGACGAUUCCGUCGAUGAUGAGGAUGUUGAAUUGUUUGGCAGGAAAAGUGGAUGGGGGAAUCCGUGCGGGACGGAAUCAGUUAGCACCAGGCUGGUCGCCCAGCAGACAACGUAUCCCAGCGGCUAGCUAUCACGGUAGAUCCCAAAGGGUUUAUACACGUGAGUUGGCUGAUCCGGAUGGAACAGCUGAAGAAAAGAAUUCAACGGAUGGCACUAAGCAACAGCUUGUUAAUUCAUCAAGGGAUAAGUCAACAAACCAAGUGCCAACCGACAUUAUCGGGUCCAAAAAUCAGGUGAAUACUGAUGCUGGCAUUAUCAGCGGUGACCCAGUUGGUAGUGGUGUAGCCGAGGGAAAAAUGACCGAUUCAGGCUUGAAAAGCAACUCAACGAGACAGGCGGCUUCUGGGUUGUUGUCCAAAGCUUCCAAGAUGGGAACCACGAAGGAUCCCGAAGAUGAAGAAGAUGACGAUUUUUGAACAGAUACGCCAGUGUGAUGUUGUUUCCAGCGCAAUUAUCAUAUGUUCUCAAAUCACCCGUUUCUCUUCAUCGAUGCAAUUAUAAAGUUUCAUGAAAUCCAAGAUUCGGC